AUGGUGUUUCAAGAUUUUGAUUUUAUACAAGAACGUCGGAGACAGGAGAGACAACGGGUACUCAAACAGAGGAUAACCAUUGCCUUGUCUAUCUUAGUCCUUGCUGGUAUUGCGGCGGCGGUUGCCAUGGCUAUUGUUUCUAUGAAAAGUAGAACGGAAAAUAGUAACAAAAAGGAGAACAAAGGUGAUAGUAAUAACAGCGACCAGAAUAAAUCAAAUCAUCAAACUCCUCCAUCAUCCUCGCCACCUUCUCCUAAACCUACCAAACCAUCCGCUCCGAACGUUCGUCCUCCAAAACCGUCAUCUCCCAAAGCUCCGGCGCCAUCUCCUCGAAAAUCACCACCUGCUCCUGCUCCAUUUCCAAAACCACCAUCACCUAUACGAGCUCCGGCUCCAUUUCCAAAACCUCCAUCACUUACACCAACUCCGGCUCCAUUUCCAGAACCUCCAUCAUCUACACCAGCUCCAUCUCCAUCACCUUUAUCAACACCAUUAUCUCUACCUCUAUUACCUGCGCGAAUACCAUCAUCUCCAUCUCCAUCACCUGCACCAAAGCCAUCAUCUCUACCUACAUUACCUUCACCAAUACCAUCAUCUCCAUCUCCAUCACCAACACCAUCACCUCUACCUCCGUUACCUGCACUAAUACCAUCAUCUCCAUCUCCAUCUCCGUCUCCAUCUCCAUCACCAACACCAUCACCUCUACCUCCAUUACUUGCACCAAUACCAUCACAUCCGCCAACUCCAGCUCCAGUUCUGGCUCCAGCUCUUGCACCAUCAGCAGCACCCAAAGAAUUAGUGACAUCGUUUUGCGAGGGUACAACUUACAAGAGCUUAUGUUCGGACACCCUUGUGAAGACAAUAGCACAGAAUCCAAAUUUGGCGACUCAACCCAAAGAACUUGUCAAGUCUUUCAUCACAUCAACGACCGAAGAGCUCGACAAGGCCUUUGCCAAAGCCAGCAUGAUCAUAUUGCAUACUGAAUUGGAGAGAAGAGCGUUUGAUGUUUGUAGAGAAGUGAUGGAAAAUGCCAAGGAAGAAUUACAGAGUUCUGUUGAUAGAAUAAGAACAAUCGUUCCAGGGAAGCAACCAACCGAUGGGGACUUGACCAAUUGGUUAAGUGCUGUAAUGUCGUACCAGGAAACUUGUGUUGAUAGCUUCCCUGAGGGACCAUUGAAGCUCCAGUUCGGGACUACCCUCAACAGUAGCGAGGUUUAUACUAGCAAUUCCCUUGCCGUGGUUAGUGAAAUGGCUGGAUUGAUGAAUCCACACCAGGAGAAGCCAACCCUCAAACGCAGACUCUUACAAACCAGAUUUCCCUUGUUGGCCGAGGAUGGGCUUCCCAUCUGGAUAAACGUUGAAGAACGCAGGCUGUUGAAGGAAGAGGAAGAUGACACGCCGACACCAAAUGUAACCGUGGCACAAGACGGUUCCGGAAAGUUCAGAACAAUUAAUGAAGCACUUGCUGCCAUGCCACCAACAUAUGAAGGAAGGUAUGUGAUAUUUGUCAAGAAAGGAGUAUAUGCCGAGACUGUAAUCAUUACAAAGAAGAUGGUGAACCUUACCAUGUAUGGUGAAGGAUCACAAAAGUCCAUUAUCACAGGGGAUAAAAAUUUUGUUGAUGGAAUCCCCACUUACCAUACCGCAACUUUUGUGGUUGCUGCUCCUGGAUUUAUGGCAAAAAGCAUGGGAUUCAGAAACACCGCAGGGCCCAACAAACAUCAAGCAGUGGCAGCGAGAGUCUCCAGUGAUAAGACGAUUUUCCUUAACUGUCGAUUCGAGGGGUUUCAAGACACCUUAUACGCGCAUACUCACCGCCAGUUCUAUCGAAGUUGCGUGAUCACCGGCACCAUAGAUUUCAUCUUCGGUGACGCAGCCGCCGUGUUCCAGAACUGCUUGAUUUACGUAAGACAACCCAACCCCAACCAAAAGAACAUCGUCACUGCUCAAGGGAGGAAAGACAAGCAGGAAACGACCGGUUUUGUGCUACAAAACUGUAAGAUAUUACCAGAAGCACUGUUUAAACCAGUCGCAAACCAAUUCAAGAGCUACCUAGGCAGGCCCUGGAAGCUAUAUUCGAGGACCAUCGUAAUGGAAUCACUGAUCGAUGGUUUCGUCGACCCUGCCGGAUGGCUUGAAUGGCAAGGCGACUUUGCACUUGAUACCCUUUUCUAUGGAGAGUUCAACAACACGGGACCUGGCGCGAGAACUGACCAUAGAGUGAAGUGGGCAGGGAGAAGGGAUAUUAACAGGGAAGAAGCCAUGAAAUAUACAGUAGAAACAUUCUUAGAAGGUACAUGGGUAAAGGAAGCAGGCGCUAAUGUUCGUAUGGGACUGGGGAGUUAAGGAUUCAUUUUCCAUGUGUUUAAUUAUCUCAUGAAAAACAGUACUAGUAAAC